AUGGCAGCAGUGUCCUCCAUUCCUGUGCUUGAUCCGGACUCAGCGUCUGCUGUUCGUGGCUUCUUGCAGCGUGCCGUCGCGCUUUACCAUGAUGUGCUCACUUUGCACGGUGAUGCUGAUGGUGAUGAUUCCAUUCCGGAUGAGAGUCCCUCUUCGCCAGAUCAACGCCUGGCUGCCCAUACUGCCCUGGUUGGAGACUCCCUGAGCGCGCUCAAGUCCGUCCAUCACGUCGCUGCUGGUGUUGAUGCCCCUCAUCCAUUGAGUACUCUGCCUGGCGCGUGUUACAAGAUUGGACAAGACUUGAUGCUGCAUUUUGAUAAGAGUGCCAAUACCCAGGACCAUGAAUCGCAGACCAAGUUUGGUGAUGUCUGGUCCACUCGUGACAUUGCGACUCUUGGUGCUCGACUUCAGGAGCUGAGCCAGCGAUUUCAUGAUGAUGUUGAUUCUACAUUUGUAACUCGCCGACUGCCGGUGCCUGAUCUUACUCCGUUGGAUCAAAAGAAAGACGAAGCCGAAGACGAUAGAGAUGCACCACCGAAAGAAGAAGAGGAAGAAUCAGACAAAGGAAAGCAAAAGAUGAGGCGCAUCAACAUUGUUCCCGGCGACAACGUCUACAUUGAAGUCCCUGUCAGACACCGACCAACUCCAGACUCCAUUGUGCACGACUACAUCCUCGACGUUCUCUCUUAUAAAAGCAUGUACUUUCGAGAACAGGAAGUAGCAAAGGCUCAUAGCAAAACCUUUGAAUGGGUGUUUCUCCCAUCAUUGCCUACUGAUGCUCAAGACCCAGAAAAGAAAGGCGCAGAGCAUCCAUUCUCGACAUGGCUUCGAGGUGAUGAGCUCGGUCCUAUUUAUUGGAUCACUGGAAAGCCUGGAUCGGGAAAAUCGACGUUUAUACGAUUCCUCUUUGAUCAUGAAGCUACCAUGGAGCGCUUGAAUGUCUGGGCUGUCGACAAGCCGGUCUUGACGGUAGGAUUCUUCUUCUGGACCAGCGGCUCUCGUGAACAGCGCUCGCAAACAGGAUUGCUUCGCUCUCUGCUCCAUCAAAUUCUUUCAGCACACCCAGAACUCACUACGGCAGCAUUUCCGCAGCUGUGGAAGAAACUCAAAAAGUUGUCGACAAAAGAGCGAGUUGCGCUGCAUUUGGAUUGGUCCGUUGCGGACCUGUUGGAGGCGUUUCAGGGGGUCAUGGAUGAAGCUGUGCAGAAGAUGAAUGUUUGCUUGUUUAUUGAUGGGCUGGAUGAGUUUGAAGGCGAUCAUACCGCCAUUAUUGACUUUUUCAAGAAUCUGUGUUUGGGGGAUAAGGGGAGAUCGAUCAAGAUUUGCCUGUCGUCGCGGCCGUGGGCGGUUUUCCAGGAUGCGUUUGAGUAUGCGGUGCCGAAUCUGAGGCUUCAAGAUCUCACGUAUGGCGAUAUGCAUCGUUAUACAAAGGACAGGUUGCGGGAGAACGUUUAUAUUCGGCGUCUUCUGAAGCAUGAGGCCGCUGCUGGAGAGGAGCUGAUUCAGAAUGCGGUACAGAAAGCGGAUGGAGUGUUUCUCUGGGUGAGGCUCGCGCUCAACGAAAUGAUUCGCAAGUUUGAUCAGAGCACGGGGCUCGUGGGAUUGUCUGUAGUCUUGCAGGCCUUGCCGACGGAACUCAAUGAAUUGUUUCAUUUGUUCUUCUUUGAGAACCAGGACGAAGAUCAACUGGCUGAAGCGGCUGUUAUAUUCGGUCUGAUGAACGCACGCGAGUUUGCGGCUGACUUCAUUAACAAUGAUUCUGCAAAUGCACUUACCGUGUGGGAGCUUGCGUUUGCUCUCAGGGGCAGCGAUGACGAUGAAGCUGCUAUAUCGGAGGAUGUAAAGCAGGCUUCUACAGAAAUGGCCUAUGAUCGCUGCGGAACUACCAUUCAACUUAUCAUGAGUCGGUUUUCCGGCCUUCUCGGCGUCCAUGCUAGCCGUGAACAGGGCAGUGGCCGCGGUCUCCGAUUUGCUGGCAAGGGCGGCGAUAUGAGUGAGGCCAUUGACGCAGCGGCACGGCGAGUCACUUAUAUUCAUCGCACAGUCCGUGACUGGUUCAUGGAGGAACCUGGCGUCAUGGCUCGUCUUGUGGAGAAGACGCCGCUCGACUUUGAUCCUCACCUGCGGCUGCUGCGAUCGUAUGUGCUUCAGAUGAAGAAUGCUCUCGAGGAGAUUGAACAUCAUCGUCAGCUGGACGAAUGGUGGCCCGGUAUUGCACUUGCCAUGACACAUGCGAGAUACGUGCGAAACGACUCGCAGCAUCUGCAGCGGGCAAUGGUGAAUGAAGUGGACAGGACGAUUUCCUGGUACUGGCUGAGCAAGCCUGAGGAUCCAUAUGAUCACUGGGCGAGAUACGGACUCGGACCAUAUCGAAUCUUCAAGGUUGCCGCACCGCUAUGGCAGCCAUUUCUGUGCUUGGCCACGAGAUUUGGUCUCACAAGCUACGUUUGCGAGGAAGUUCUCGCUCGUAACGCCGCAGAAGACGAAAUUUCGGACGAAAAGAAGGAACUUCAGACGGCAGAAUCGACGCCUCUACUUGCUUACGCCACUGAAUUCCCUUGCUCACGCAACAAGACCAUCUUCCCGCUGUCGGAUCCUCGCCUGGUGGAAUUUCUCCUCCGCAACCAGUGCCGCAUCAACCCAGGCCCGAAUCAUGGAUAUACCGACUUUUGGACCAACGCGCCGCGGACGCCGUGGAUCACGUUGUUACGGCAUUUGCGGGAUGCGCGCCGAAGGGGAUGGAUCGAGUACUACGAUGUUGAUCCUCAGGGCACGGCGAGGUGGGCGGAGAUUGUGAGAUUGUUUGUGGAGGUUGGCGGAGCGGAUCGGGAGGCGGUUGUUGUCAGGGAUAGCUUCGAUCCUGAGAUUACGGCUGUGGGAGUGUUGGAGUUGUUGGAGGGGACGUAUCGGGCUGUUGAAAUGAGGGAGUUGGUGGAGAUGAUGGUGAGGUUGAGGGAGGACUGA